CAUGAAGUACGUUACAUUGAGACAUUACCAUUAAAAGCACUGUUUAUUUGAAGCCAAGCGUUUACUCACCAUUUGACCAGGGGACGUUUGUGUGCGUGUUUGCUGACUAAGAACGAUGUCUGAGAAGGAAGCCGUGGAAAGAUACGGCCACAGCAGCCUGGUGCUUGUGGUCUACAUCAUCACCUUGCUGAUUGGCUUCCCCGCCAAUGUCGUGGCCUUUUACACCUUCAGCAAGAAGGUGAGGCAGAAAGCCAUGCCCGUCGACAUCCUGCUCCUCAACCUGACCAUCUCGGACCUCAUCUUCCUGCUCUUCCUGCCCUUCAAGAUCAAAGAGGUGGCGGACAACAUGAAAUGGAUCAUGCCCCACUUUCUGUGUCCAUUGACCAGCUUCGUCUUCUACACCACCAUCUACAACAGCACCUUCUUUCUGACCGCAAUCAGUGUCGAACGCUACCUGGGAGUGGCCUUUCCCAUCAAGUACAAACUAAAAAGACGGCCUUUGUACGCCACGGUGGCUAGUGUCUUCUUCUGGGCAAUCUCCAUGGCGCACAUUAGUAUUGUCUACAUCAUUCAAUAUUUUGACUAUUCCAACACCACCCGGGCAGACCCAAAGAACCUGGACAUGUGUUAUGAGGAUUUCACCCCGGAGCAGCUGCAAGUCCUGAUACCUGUCCGUCUGGAGCUCUUCCUGGUUCUAUUCUGUGUACCUUUCUUUAUCUGCUGCUUCUGCUACAUCAACUUCAUCCGAAUCCUCUCUCAGCUGCCCAGCAUCAACCGCAAGAAGCGUCAGCGGGCCAUCGGCCUGUCUCUGGGGACCCUGCUGGUGUUUAUCGUCUGCUUCGCACCCUACAACUUGUCACACGUAGUGGGCUUUGUAAAGUGGGAGAGUCCCACUUGGCGGGUUGAAGCACUCUUGUCCAGUACUGUCAACGCCAGCCUGGACCCCAUCAUCUUCUACUUCUCCUCAGCGGCCCUCAGGUCUACCUUCCACCUCUUCAUGAAGAACCUGGUGGAGAGGAUACAGCGGUUGUUCUUCUGCAAUAAGGUCCUCUACUGCCCCCUGUUGUUCUGCUCCAGAACUCAGAAGGACAGCACACCAAGCACCAAUGACAGCUCCUUAUAGUGUACGUGUCAAACUCAUACCACAGAGGACUGAAUGUCUGCGGGUUUUCGCUCCUCCCUUGUACUUGAUGGAUGAAUUAAGCUCACUAAUUAGUAAAUAGCUCCCCUCACCUGGUUGUCUAGUUCUUAAUUAAAAAAUAAAACCUGCAGACACUAGCUCCUCCAUGGAAUGCGUUUGACACCCCUAUUAUAGUGUGUAGUCAAGCCAUAUGCUACACAUGCUAAAUGUUAGCCUGUUCAAUGUAUUUAUUGCACUUAGGUUCUUAUUGAAAAGACUGAGGACUUUGCUAUCUUUCUUUAUAAGUAGCCUAUACAUUAAUCAGUGCCAGUCAGUGCCAAUUAGGAUGAGGGAGGAUGCUACUUUUUUAUGAGCAUGGCCUUAUUUCUAUUUCAGAAUAUUGGAUGACUGUCAUUCAUUUUCCAUUCCCCCAGCCCAAUGUAACAUCGAUAGUUUUGGGCUACUGUAUGAUAGUCAAAUUUGACCUAUACCCAUCAUGAGUUUGCUACAAACUAGCCUAUGAAUGAAAAUCUACAACUUAGGUGCAAAGGGUUGAGAGAAUUUUGAGUAACCAAGGUGAUUACUGCCUUGCACACUCUUGCUUGCAUCUGACCAAGGGUGUAAUCAUUAGUCCAACAUUUGCAAAUGAGAGUUUCUAUUGGACAAAUUCAGGUAUGUUUAUCCCCUUUUUGUUCCAUUUGCUUCUGUUUAAGAAACAUUUUUCAACAGAAUCGGCGGAAUGAAUACAUCCCAUAUCAUACGAAAACAGUUCACUUUCAAAGCAGCCUUAUGUCGACAGCAUGAUCACGUUGCUCGUUGUUUAUAUAAUUCCUUGUUUAUAUAAUUCCUAUAGUUCCUGUUUAUAUAAUUCCCAACUAUCCAUGCGCUUUCCUCCUCUCACCUUUUACCUUUGCUUGUGGACUUCAGUGCAUAACACCUGUCUGUGACCAGGAAAAAAAACACUUUCCAAGCCAAACCUUCAUAUCAUGACUACUAACCGCUACAUACAGACUACAUCAUUGUCACCUCAUAGUCAAUAUAGCUUUAGUACUAGAACUAACGAGUUAGUAAACCCAGUACAAUCAUGCAGUACAGUGUACAGUCACAAAGCAGUUUAACAGUUCCACUGCGGGUGCUGGUGGUAAUAAAUUAUUCAAACCAAAAGCUUACCUAGAUUUGGAAGAGUUCCAGUGUUGAAUAGCCAAAGCCAGCAAGCUAACAUAGCAUCACUCUCUGUUUGAGCCAGGUGUUUGAGUAUGCUAAUCUAGCUAGCUGCAUCCAGCUAGCUUAAGUGAAUGUGAAGUUAAAAAAUAUGAACAAAUAUAGCUAGCUAGUUCUCUCUCUCUCUUGCUUCUCUUUAAUAUUUGAAUCAAUACAUAUUUUCAAAACUGUUAAAAUAUUCUCUCUUAGAGGCAACUAUUCACCACAUGUUAUGCACUGCUGUGCUAGCUAGCUGUAUCUUAUGCUCUCAGUACUAGAUUAAUUAUCUGAUCUCUUGAUUGGGUGGACAACAUGUCAGUUCAUGCUGCAAGAGCUCUGAUAGGUUGGAGGAUGUCCUCCGGAAGUUGUCCUAAUUACUGUGUAAGUCCAUGGACAGGGUGAGAACCAAGAGACUCCUAGGUUUUGCAUUGACGUCAAGGAAGCUAGCUGUCCUCCAGCUACACCAUGGUGCACUACAGUGUGCUGCUGAUGCUACUGUAGAAAUUCAUUGUGUGUUUUAAUGAAUUAUUUGGUAACUUGAAUAUAUUUAGUAAAGUUUGAUCUAAACAUGCAAAAUUUUUAAAUGUUCCACUAUUAUCAUUUUAUGAAAUUUACUGAGGAGCAUGGUCCUCCCCUUCCUCAUCUGAGGAGCCUUCACUGACAUUAAUGUAUGUGUAGUAUGCAUUUAUAUGUGUAUUUAUAAGCUUUUGAAGGUUUUAUAUUAUUUCUGUUCCCCUUUAUUUUAUGACUUU